AUGAACAGGUUGGAUCCGCUGAGUGAGUUACCAGAGUUCUUUGGAGGCGCUUGCACUUGUGAAGACAAAGGAGGUUGUAUGCGCACUGACAAAGGUCCAUGGAAUGAUCCUGAGGUUCUCAAGGUGGCUAUAAACCGCGAAGCUAAGUGCGCACCUAUUUCGGAAGAUGAACACGAGCAUGUUGACCAAGGAAGAUCAGUUUCAGUUUCUAAAUGUGUUGAGAAAAACAAUAAGAAAAUGGAUGAAGACAUUGCGCAUGGGAAGCAAAUUGCAACCAUUGUCAAGUCCAUUGAUGUGACAUGGCCUGCAAAAAAUCAGAAAGCCGAAAAUUUUCCUAUCUCCAAAAGGUUAGAGUGUAACGUGAGGAAGGGGGCACCGAAGAAAGAGGGUGGAUCACUUGUGGGAGGGGUCAUGGCCUUUGUGAUGGGAAUUGUUGCAAUGGUUAGACUAUCGAAAGACGUUCCAAAACUCACCGAGGCUGUUAUAUAUGGAGACUCAGUUUGUUAUGAAGAAUCUAGGUCCAAGAAAACUAAAGUUCAAUUUGCAACACCAGUCUCGAGUUCUGAGUAUAUGUUGAUGAUGAAACGUAUGGCUGCGCUGGAAGAAAAGUGCAUGUUCCUUGAUUUGAAACCGGCUGAUAUGGAAUCUGAAAAGGAGGAGAAACUUCAGACCGCGCUUAACCGUGUUCAAGUGCUUGAGCAAGAGUUGACUCAGACAAAGAAGGCUUUACAGGAAACUCUCAUGAGCCAGAAGGAGAUUCUGGCAUACAUUGAGAAAAAAAAAAGAAGAAGAAGAAGCUGUUUUUUCGGUUCUAAAUGUGCAAAGAUAAAGAAGAUGAUAUCACAAAACAAGAGGCUGGAUCAGAGAAAGUUUGUUUGUAUAUUUUGUUUUUCAAAUGAGAAACAUGUUCAUCUGAAAAACAACUGA